AUGAUUACUCUGAACUUCAAAGCGUGUACAGCGCCUGUGGGCAUUGUGCGGAUACUGGAGGUGGUCUUCACCUUUUCAACCUUCAUUCUGGCAGCUGUACCUGGUAUCCUCACACUCUCCCUCUGGACACGGUGCAUGUUAACCUGGUGUUUUUGCUUUGCUAUCACCCUCCUCAUCCUCCUUCUGGAAUUCACCAGUGUCAGCACAAAGCUGCCCAUCUCCUGGAAUGAUUUUAUUGCUGCAUUUGCCAUGUUGGCUUCUCUACUGGUGCUGAGUGCAUCCAUCAUCUAUCCAGUCUACUCCACUUGUUCAAAGUGCGGCAGACAGAUCGGCGCCACGGUAACCUCCUAUGUGGCCUUCAUCCUGUAUGUUGUUGAAGUUUGGCUGACCCGGGCCAAACCUGAUGAGAUCAGUGGAUUCACGUCCACAGUCCCAGGCCUCCUCAAAGUGCUGGAGGUCUACAUCGCUCUCAUCAUCUUUAGCUGCUUAAAUCUGGUUCCAUUCUCUUCUUUUCCUGGACUCCAGUGGUGUGCUGCUGUUUACUGUAUUUGUUUCAUUUUUGCCGCCCUCAUCAUCAUCUUUACUAUCUGUCGCCUUACGGAUCUCCUCCCUGCACCAUUUGACAAAGUUCUGAAAUGCUGUAAUGUGUUUUGUGUACUGAUGUACGUAACCGCCGUGGUUAUGUGGCCAUUCUACAGUUUUAAACACUAUCCCCAGAGGGAUGAGUACUGCACCUCAGGGCAAUUUUGUUCUUGGGAUGUAUUAGUUUUUAUCACUUUCAUGACCUGCUUCAACCUGGUUGCUCAUAUUGUAGAUACUCUUUAUUCUUUUAGGCUGUUGUUCUUUGUCAGCCAAACAUAG